AUGCGAGACCGAAAUCUCGUGGGUGGACCAGUUGUCGCGGCGACGAAGAAGAGGAAGAAGAAAAAGAGGCAGCUGGAAUCGGGUCGAUACGAACGGAGCCCGAUCUGGUGGUGGUUAAGGGCGAGAGCAGGUGUCGUGGAAAGGAGGGACGAUAACGAGACGAGGUUGGAUGUAGAUCAGGAAGAGGAGGAAGAAGAGGCGGAGGAGAGGAAUCUUGGCAAUCUCAAGGAUUCGUCGUCGUCGUCGUCGUCGUCGUCGUUAUCAUCAUCAUCAUCAUCGACAAGAUCGGCCUACAACCAGCUGGACUGGACGGCCUCGAGAGUUUUCGCUGUAAGGCCGGGGGUUGUGGGGGUCACCACGGGGGCGGGGGUGGGUUUGCCCCUGCUUCUUCUCGUCGUCGCUGUCCUUGGCAAUCAAACGUGCACGACGACGGCUGCGCCGGUGGUGUCCGAUCCGCACGUGUCCCUCGACGCUACGCCUCCUCGUCUUCCGCCUCGAUCAACGUUCGACCGUUCAUCGUCGUCGUCGUCGUCAUCGUCAUCAUCAUCAUCGUCAUCGUCGUUACUAUCAUCGUCUUCCUUGUCUUCCUUUCGAAGAGCUAACCGCCGAUUUUCCAACCUCCACCCGGAAAAUCCACCGCACAAUCGUUCCUCGAAGGGAGAAUUGGAUUAUCGCGAGCAACUACCUUCCCCAUCAGCCGAACGAGAAGACGGUCUGGAUAGGAGUCGGUUGCUCUCUCCCUGGGAACAAACGACAAUCGAUCCAUCCAUCGGAAGAACGGAUUCUUCUUCCCCUGCAUUAGCAAGAGGAAGAGGAGGUGAAGGGGGCGGAAGAGGAGGAAGAGGAGGAGGAGGAGGUCUGGCUCACGAGAGGACCAAGUCGAGACGGCGGCAGGUUGCCGCGGCAGGGUUGCUCGAUGAUCGAGGAUCAACCACUCUAAGCCUUGUUCAACCGUACUGGCUGCCGACGAGAUUCUCUCGUCCCCGUUACACGGAACGAUCUUCAACCCUCGUCGAUAGGAUCAAACCGGAGCGUCGCCACGGUGGUGGUACCGUUUCGUUCCCUGGAACAACCGGAACAACUGUCGGUGGUAGUGGUGGUGGUGGUGACUCGACGUCGUCGAGUCUCGAGGACUCGACUAUCGGUGAGAAUUACUGGGACGAUAAUUACUCGACAACCACGGCGACUACAAAGACUACGACGACGACGACGAAGAGGAGAAGGGUGACCACGGUACCUGUCCCUUGGACUACCGCUCCGUAUCGUUUGAUUCAUCGAACUGUGCCGUGGGACGACGACAGUGAAAAUUCGGAUAGAUCCGCGGGAAGACGCGACACGAAGGCGAAAGACGAAGAAAGGGAGAAGAUAGGCACCCCGUCUCGAAAAGACGGGGCCAGGUUUGUGUUCGGGGGGGGCGGCGGUGGUGGUGAGGUAAAAGGUGGUGGUGGUGGUGUCGUCGAGUGGACCACAACGGUCGCCAGGCCGAUGUCAGCGUGGUCGUAUCCUGAAGAUGAGGAGUCGGGAGCUGGAAGCGUAAGGACACGCCCGAGACCGGAAGAGGCGGCGAGCGAGGACGAGGAGGCCGAGAGCGGCGAGGAACAGGUCAAGGUCACGGUGUCGCACCCCAAAGGCUCGUCGUCCACGUCGACCACGGCUAGGACUACGUUGCCAACGACGACGACGACGCAGUUGCCACCGCCGAGUCAAGAUACCUCUAUGGAAGCACUGAACGCGAGUAGCUACAUAGUGUCAGUGGUGCUCGUCCUGAUAGUCGGAGCACUGGUGGGUGUCCUUGCGACGGUAUCGCAUCAUCUUCAUCAUCGUAGGCUGCUACUGCACGAGCCUGCUUCCGCCUCGAUCUUGCACCACCAUCGGCAUCAUCAUCACCGCCAUCAUCAUCAUCAUCAUCAUCAUCGCGAGGAACUUCCGGCGUCGCACCAACGACGCCUCCUGCUGCAGGACCACCACCGUCAUCCUGGGACACCGAUUCUCGCGACAAAUAUCCAAAGGCAUAUUGUUCAGAAAGGAGGGACAUAUUCGUUUCGUGGAAGGAAUCGAUCAAAGUCUUGGUUCCCCGGAAACCACGGCGGCGGGCACGUCGUUCUUGAAAAGUGUACCGCGGAAGGUUAAGCCUGUCAAUGACGGCCAAGUGAAAGUUGGACGUCUAGACGUAUUUAUUUCUAGAGCGACGGACGCACCAAUUUUAUUCCUGUCACACCGGCACCGUACCCGUCUGAUUGACGUAGGUGUUGCACUGAUUUCGUCUAAAAAUAAGUGUCUGUAUAUGGAACGCGCGUGAAACAUUCGCAGCGUGGCACCGCUCCAUUUAUCCUCACGGACCAAUUGGCACUCGAUCGAGAUUACAGAACGGAUCGUGUUUAAUGCACGCGCCGUAAAUUGAAAUAUGGCGAAACGUGUGUGCGAAGAGAGAAAGAGAGAGAGAGAGAGAGAGAGAGAGAGAUUUUAAGAAAUAAAAAUCAAAUGUAACGGCGCUGUCUAGAAAAAAAGAAAAUAGAACAAAUCGCGACAACGGUUGAAGGUUCGUGCAAUUUUCAACGAAGAGAUAUGCACGAGGCGUCGUCGCACUUCAAAUAUUGACCAACACGCCGAACAGACUAUUCUCACAACUCAUUUCAUAGCCACUCAAACCUCGACAAUCCUCUUCACAGAGUCAGUCAGCAAAUUAAGAAAAACCUGGCUAACUAACGCUGGAAAAGAAUCGGGCCACGUACCGUUUAAAUCGUUCCACGAAGAAAAAUCCUUGAAAGAAAUCUUCAUCGUCCACCAUCAAGUGAUCACCAUCAAAUAAUCACUUAGCUGUUCACUCUUAAUAUAUA